AUGUCGACCAAGUAUGCAGUGCUCUCGCUGCCCCUCGGUGUCUUCGACUCGAGUGAUCGCAACGAUGCGGUCCCAACGCUUAGCGCCAUCAUAACUCCUGAUACCGGCAUAGUAGUACCAUUCAGCAUCCCGGACUUCAAGAUUGGCACCCUUGAUGGCCUCGUCCAGCAGGCUGACGACCUCGCAAAACUCGAGGCGUCGUGCCAAGCCGUCGUGGCCAAGGUUGCCGAUUCGCUACGUCAGGUGCUCAACAAUGACGAGGAGCGGCUUGCUUCCUAUAAGAUGGUCAAUGACAAGCCGACGGACCACUACAUUCGCAACUUUGGCUGGAACAAGAUGCGGUACCGAGCCGACAAACCUCUGGGCGAGCUCAUUGACGUGUUGCAAAAGGAGCUGGUCACGGUGGACAACGAUGUCAAAACCAAGUUCAGCCAGUACAAUUCCGCCAAAACGAACUUGGCCGCACUUCAAAGACGUCAGACUGGCAACCUUGCCACCAAGUCUUUGACCCCUGUCGUGGACCCCAGGCUCCUCCUGCAAGAUUCCGAGUAUCUCGAAACGCAUCUCAUAGCGGUUCCGACAAACGCGAGGAAGGAGUUUCUUCAGAAAUACGAGACAAUAGCUCCCAUGGUUGUUCCCCGCUCAGCCGUCGAGAUUACUCACGAUGAUGAAUUCACGUUGUUCGCGACGGCGACCUUCAAGAAGUAUAGUGCCGAGUUCACCCAGAAAUGCAGGGAGCAGAAGUGGACGCCGCGCCAGUACACAUAUGUUCAGGGUGGACUAGAAGAAGAACAGCGCGAGCUGGACAAGGUGGCCAAUGAGGAGCGCAAGCUUUGCGGCGAAGCCUUGCGCAUGGGACGAUCUGGGUGGAGCGAGAGCGUCAUGAUCUGGGUUCAUGUGCUGACACUGAGGGUGUUUGUCGAGGCGGUCCUGCGUUACGGCCUGCCGCUUGAUUAUGUGACAAUUCUGGUCAAGACAACGUCGAAGCUCACUCCCAAAGUCAGAGCCGCCCUCGACCGACAGUACUCGCACCUGGGAGGCAAUGCGUUUGGCCGCGACAAACGCGGAAAGAUCACCAAAGACGACGCCGCCAUGAGCUCUGAGAUGGCUGCUGCUGGGCUGGGAACAGGAGAAGGCCACGAAUACACAGCGUAUGUCUACUAUGAGGUGGAAUUUCCUUGA